AUGGUUUUCGGAAGGCGAAAGAGUGCUCCUAAGGCGCCAAAGCCAGAACAACUCGAAGGUCGUCGAUUCUCGCUUAUUGACAGAAUGAAGGAUUUGUCAAGAGGCAUUAUUCGACGAGGCUCAACUUCGAACGCCAAGGGCUCCGAUCUCGAGUACGACCCAGAAGUACGACGAAGAUUCUCCGUCCCGGUUUCCAAUCCAAACGAUAGACGACUCCACACGAGCCAAGCCCACAUUAGCUUCAAGGGAUUUGACGAAAAUGCACCACUCAACGCUGACAUCGACGAAAACGACACUCGCAACGAUCCAAACUUCAAAAAGCCCGUCAACAAGCUCGAGCGAGUCGGCAGCGCUUCUCAAAUACAGAUCUGCACUCCCGACGACUUUUGUCUCUCGAAGAAAUGGUCGACUUCCUUCUCCGACCUCCGCGCUCUCCACAACCUCGAUUCGAUCUCUCUCGACUGCGAGAACUUCAGCGAGAACUUUGCCGCCUAUGGAACUCAAAUCAUCGCCUGA